AUGUCGAGGGAACUCUUCAGAAUCCCAGUCUGGAGGCUGGACGAGUUCAUAAAGAAUCACCUUAUUCCCGACACCGCCUUCUUAGCUGAUUUCAGAGCAGAUGUGGACUUCAUAAGUGCUUUCCUGAUGGAUAGAUGCUUCCAAGGUGCCACCCACCCUGUAAGGGUCUCCAGGGUUGUGAUGGGCGGCUCCUACGAUGAACACACCGCACUCAAGGGCAGGUCAGAGGCCAACAUGGUGGUGUUCCUUAACAACCUCACCAGCUUUGAGGAGCAGUUAAAGCGAAGGGGAGAGUUCAUUGAGGAAAUUCAGGAACACCUGUGCCAGCUGCAGCAGGAGGAACAAUUUAGAGAGAAGUUUGAGGUCCGGAGGUCAGAGCAGCCCAACGCCAGGUCCCUGAGCUUCAAGCUGAGCUACCCCGAGUUCCAGCAGGAGGUGGAAUUUGAUGUGCAGCCAGCCCAUGAUGUCCUGUAUGAACUGAGAAACCUCCAGCACUUUGACCCCAGUAACUACAGCAAAAUCUACGCCCAACUCAUCCAUGAGUGCACCACCUUGGAGAAGGAGGGCGAGUUCUCCAUCUGCUUCACUGACCUCCAUCAGAGCUUCCUGACGCAGCGUGCACCCAAGCUGUGGAAUCUCAUCCGUCUGACCAAGCACUGGUAUCAGCUGUGUGAGGAGAAGCUGAGGCAGCCACUGCCCCCACGGUACGCCCUCGAGCUGCUCACAAUCUAUGCCUGGGAAUGCGGGGUCAUCAGCACGAUGGAACUACAUACAGCCCAGUGCUUCCGAACUGUCUUAGAACUGAUCACUAAGUAUGGGUAUCUUCGAGUCUACUGGACAUGGUGUUAUGACUUUAAACAUGAGUUCCGUGACUACCUGUACGGACAGCUCCAAAAACACAGUCCUCUGAUCCUGGACCCGGCUGACCCAACAAGGAACGUGGCUGGUUCAGACUUACUGGCCUGGGAACUGCUGGCAAGAGAGGCUCAGUACUGGCUGAAGUCGACUUUCUUUCGGGCCGCUGAUUUAUCCUUUGUGAAUGCCUGGCAAGUGUCGCCAGAGAAACAAGAAUGUGUCUUCCUGUGA